AUGUGUCUCGGCCCGCGCGACAAGGACGACAGCGGCGUCACUCGCUCGCGCGACAUCGACCGCGGCAUCCGGCAAGAUGAGGCGAGGCUCGCCAAGGAAGUGAAGCUGCUACUGCUCGGAGCUGGCGAGUCUGGAAAGACCACGAUCCUCAAGCAGAUGCGACUCAUCUACUCGAGGAGCUUCAGCGACCGUGAGAGGUUAUGGUGGAGGCCUAUCAUAUUUCGCAACAUCAUCGAGUCGUUUCGCAUCAUGCAAAUGGUCAUGUCAGACUUCAACUACCAGUUUGAGAGUCCUGACAGUAAAGUGCGCCCCACCAUCCGGUGCUACACGCUCCUCAUGUCCACGAUCCUCGAAAAGCGCGAGGUUGGGCCAGAAGACAGGUUCCCGCAGGAUCUCAUAGACCCAAUCAAGGCCUUGUGGCAAGACGCGGGUGUUAAGGCAGCCUUCUCGAAGGGCUGUGAGUACGCACUGCAUGAUAACGUGACAUACUUCAUUUCCAGUAUACCUAGGCUAUGGGCAGAGGACUAUGUCCCCAACGACCUAGACAUACUCUGCGCUCGACUCAAGACGACGGGCAUCACAGAGUGCCGUUUUGCCAUCGGCCCUCUGACCUACCGCAUAUUUGACGUCGGUGGUCAAAGAUCAGAGAGAAAGAAGUGGAUACACUGUUUCGACAACGUCCAAUCUGUCUUGUUUCUUGUGGCGAUCAGUGGCUACGACCAGUGUCUAGUGGAAGACAUGGAUGGGAACCAAAUGAACGAGGCGCUGAUGCUCUUCGAGUCAAUCGUGAACUCACGCUGGUUCACCAAGUCGGCUAUGAUCCUCUUCCUCAACAAGAUGGAUCUAUUUAGAGAGAAACUCCCGCGACGACCGAUAACCGAUCACGGAUUCACGGAUUACCGUGGUGCCCCAGACGAUUACAAGGCCGCGAGCAGCUACUUCCUCGACAAGUUUCGAGCUCAAAGCCGAAACCCAGACAAGGAGAUCUACGGACACUUUACGAACGCGACGGAUACGAACCUGAUAAAAAUUACGAUGGACUCAGUACAGGACAUGAUCAUACAGCGGAACUUGAAGCAUCUCAUGCUCUGA